CCUGAUUGAACCUCAACGCUGGAGACAACGAACGAGGCACCAGAAGGAACGCUUGAUGGGCCAACUAGCAUAUGUUUUGCAGGACAAUAGCACGAAUGUGUCGAGUUAUUGCGCCCCAUAACCUCGCUUGAGAAAUCCGCGUAGGAUCAUGGCCCCCGAAUCCGAUGCUGACUCCAUCACAUGCAGCCGUUGAAGCCUCCCAGAUCCUCAUUUUAUACCGGCGCAGGGAAAUCUUGAUAGGCCCUCAACUACCAUCUCGUACCUGCCACCCAGCAGCAGCCAAUCAGCAGGGAAGGAUCUAAGCACAUGUAGACACCAAUCUACUGCCUACCAUCAAAGAUCCUACCCUUGACCUCUAGCGGUAUUUCGAUUUGGUCAAGCAAGGAAAUCAUGGACAUCACGUUCGGCGUGCCAGUCCCGGACGACGACGAGGAAGUCCCAGAGCCCAUCGUGCGGACGCCGAGGCUCGCUAUCCGUGCUUUCCGCAACUCGGACGCCGCGGCACUGCAGCGGCUGGCCAACAACGUCGAAGUCUCCCGCACGCUCAGCGACCACUUCCCCUUCCCCUACACCGCCGCCGAUGCCGAGCAGUUCCUGAAGAUCGCCCUGCCCGAUAACGGCGAGUAUGCCAUAUUCCGCAGCUCCGGCCCCGACAGCGAUGAAGAUGACGUCUUUGUGGGCGGCAUCAAGCUCAGUCGCUUGCCUGAUGUCUACUCGUGCGGCAGUGAGGUGGGGUACUGGAUCGGCCGCGAGUUUUGGGGUCAGGGCCUGGCGACCGAAGCCGUGAUUGCAUUUUCACGCUGGGCGUUUGAAUCUCAUCCGGACAUGGAGCGUCUUGAGGGUCUGGUGUACGCCACCAACAUGGCAAGCUCUCAUGUCCUGGAAAAGGCAGGGUUCACCUACGAGGGGACUCGGCGCAGAGCGGCUCGCAAGCGCGGGGAGAUCACUGACGUCCUUGUGUAUGGCUUAUUGCGGGAUGAGAAUGAAGAGAUCACCAAGACCGCAGCUCGUUAAUAGCUCGGUCAGUAGAUGAUAGCUAGGGUGGAAAUCGGUCGACUGCUAGGGUUGAACUUUUUUUUUUGUCUGACUAUGGUUGAGAUAUACAUUGAUAAUGUCA